UCAAGAUUCCUCUGUAUCCGUUAUAUUUUAUUAAACAAAAGGACAAGAAGUACAUGUACAAGAAAAAUGGCAUAAAAUUUAAAACUAUCAAAACAACUUUCAAUAAAAUAAAAGAAAUAGACCCAGCAAGAAAUUCAGGUUGUACAUUUAACUACAAUCUAACUCCAUUAUCCUCUGAACUUAGGUUUAGAUAUAGUAUCCGGAUAUCAGUUCCUCAACUACAGACCUUUGAGCUUUCAGCCCAAAGGUCUCUACCACGUAAGGCUAGCGAAUCUUGGGAAAUCUCGGAUAUACGGACUGCGGCGCAGAAAACUUAUGUAAAGUGUACAUACAUAAAUAGAUUAAUUUCAGUUAAAAUGUUUGAAGUGUAUUUGAACGAAAAACCAGUAAUUUUGACUGGAGUAGAAUUAAAAAGAAUUGCAAAAUAUAAAAAACAACAAAUAUAUAAUGCUAUUAGUGUAAUCGAAAAAUAUUAUCUUGAUUUUAACUCAAACAAAUUUUAUUUUGAUACGAAUGUGAUUAAAUUUAAAAAAAUAAUAUUAAGAAAUAAUAAUGGAAAAAGAUUUGUAAUUAUUGAAAUUAAUUAUUUGGAAGAUAUUAAAUUAUGUAAAUUAACACAUAAAAUUGAGAUUGAGGAAGAAGAGUUUAUUAAAAUGAUUGAAGAAGGUGAUAAUGAUUUUGAAGUUAAAUUGGAAGAAGUUGAAGUGGAAUGA